UGUGGAAUGUGGGUGUGCUGAUGAUAUAUAUCUGACAGGUCUUCUCUUCUCUCCAUGGAGAUGGAGUAAUUGCAAAUAAAUUGACAGAAAAAAAUUCGCGAAUUGUACGUAAACGGCGUGGAGAAGGUAUUCUAGUCAAGGGAGUUCAGCGAAAUAACUAGCGGUAAAAUGGAUGAAGCUAAAUUUCUGAAAAGGAAGGUGAGAUCCGGGACAUUGGAUGUCCACCCAACGGAGAAGGCUCUGGUGGUAAACUACGACGUUGAAGCACUGAUAUUGGGAGAACUGGGAGAUCCUAUGCUCGGUGAUCGCAAGGAAUGUCAAAAAAUAAUCAGAUUGAAGAGCUUGAACGCAGACACAAAUGUUUCUCUCCUGGCCAAGGAGGUAAUGGAAAAAUGUUCAUUGAUACACGAAUCCAAACUACGCGAGGUUGAGCAAUUGAUUUAUUACUUACAAAAUCGUCGGACCAAUGAUAUCAACGCAGGUAGCGACAGUAACUCUCAACCGCCAAGACCGGCAUCGUCGAUCAAUUCAGUGAUCACGGAGAACAGCGAAGUUGAACGGGCAGUCAUUAGUAACGUUGAUAAUUAUAUCGAAUUAUUGUACGAGGAAAUACCAGGAAAGAUUAAAGGUUCAUCGUUAAUUUUACAAUUAGCAAGGAUACCUGACAAUCUUUUGGAAUUGACAAAAAACGAAUCCUUACUAAGUGCAUUAGCUCGAGUCCUGAGAGAAGAUUGGCGGCGCAGCAUAGAAUUGUCCACGAACAUCAUUUAUAUUUUCUUUUGCUUCUCAACGUACAGCCAGUUUCAUAACAUUGUACUUGAAUACAGAAUUGGUUCCCUUUGCAUGGAUAUAAUUGAUUUUGAAUUACGUCGCUACGACCAAUGGAAGGAGGACAUGGAGAAACGUCGAAAACAGUUUGAGAACACCACUGGUUUAACGUUUUUCCCAGCGGGCAAUAAUGACAAUUGUGAUAGAAAAAUUAGAAUCAUCGAUGACAUUUGGAAUAUGGAUGGUCCGUUGGAUUAUGAAGUCAAGAGACGAUCUGCAGAAGUAUCUGUAACCAUAUCUGAGAGUGAUAUUAAAAAGUUGAAAGAGGAACUUGAAAAAAGUCGCAAGAAGUUUAAGAGCUUGACUAAGAAGCAGGAGCAAUUGCUGCGAGUUGCGUUUUAUCUACUCUUAAAUAUUGCCGAGAACGCUAUGGAAGUCGAAAGGAAAAUGCGUAAAAAGAAUGUCAUCGGCAUGUUGAUUAAAACACUAGAUAGGACAAAUAUAGACUUGUUGAUUCUUGUUGUCACAUUUUUGAAGAAAUUAUCCAUCUUUCGCGAAAACAAAGAUCUUAUGGCAGAAGAAAAUAUUGUAGACAAAUUACCAAGGCUUUUACAAAAUAAUAAUGCUGAUCUUGUACUAAGCACUUUAAAAUUGUUGUUCAAUCUUUCUUUUGAUGCUAAAUUGAGAGCAAGAAUGAUUAGAGUUGGUAUGUUACCAAAAUGGAUAAAGUUGCUUAGCCAAGCUGACAUCAAAAAUAAGAACACAAUUGUGGGACUACUUUAUCAUGCCAGUAUGGAUGACAAAGUGAAAGCAAUGUUUACAAAUACAGAUUGCAUUCCAAUGGUAACAAACAUGAUACUAAAUUCUGAGGAUGAACAUGUAAGAUCUGAAUUAAUAGCACUCGGCAUAAAUUUAGCUAUUAACAAUAAGAAUGCCCAGCUGAUGGUGGAAAACAAUCGCUUGCAAGGUCUCAUAAAAAUUGCAUUUAGAAAUCAAGAUGCUCUCGUAAUGAAGAUGAUUAGAAACAUCUCCCAACAUGAGUCGACGAAGGAAAACUUUGUCGAAUUUGUGGGUGAUUUUGCAAUGGCCUUGACUCAAUCUGAUUCUCAAGACUUUGUACUAGAAGUGAUUGGCGUGUUAGGCAAUUUAGAAUUGCCUGAUUUGGAUUAUUCUCAAAUCAUUCAACGCUGCAAUCUUAUACCAUGGAUACGCAAUAAUCUGGUUCCAGGUAAAGCACAAGACGAUAUAGUUCUUGAGAUUGUCAUAUUUCUGGGCACUGCAGCUUACGACGAAGAUUGUGCUCGUUUGUUAUGUAAGGCUGAUAUACUUCUCUCUCUUAUCGAACUGCUUAAAGCCAAACAGGAGGAUGAUGAAAUGGUUUUGCAAAUUAUUUAUGUUUUUUAUCAAAUUGCAAAGCAUGAUUCAACCCGAGAUUAUUUGAUUCGCGAGACCGGUAAUGAAGCUCCAGGAUAUCUAAUCGAUCUAAUGCACGACAAAAAUCCUGCAAUCAGAAAAGUCUGUGAUACAUGCUUAGAUGUUAUUGCCAUAUGCGACAAGAAUUGGGCGGCCCGCAUAAAGGUGGAAAAAUUCCGUUCACAUAAUCAACAAUGGCUGGAAAUGGUUGAGUCUAUCGGAUCAGAUUCGAUCAAUCAUGUAUUACCGGAUGACGAUGAUGACAGUCUGUCUCCAUUUAUCAGUGGUGACCUAUUAAAACAUACUAUAUUAUUUCCCUCUGGUAACGCAGCAUUAUUUAAUGCGGAUGACGGAUUUUCAACUAUGAAAAAUUCAUCGGAAUCAUCUGAAAACCCCAGUCGACCUGUCAGCAGGUAUCGAGAUCUCGACGAACUAGGCGAACUCGUGGCGCGUUCUAAGUCUCGUAUGUCCGUUGCUUCAGGUAUAGAGGAUUUGUACUAUAAUUCUAGAGUGAAAUUCAAUGAUUCGGAUAAUUCCCACGUAUUAAUCUGAAGAUUAAUCCAAACGUUCUGAUAUUGAUACGUGACUUAACUUUUCAAAGAUGCCUAGGAUAUUUUGCGUUAUCUUGACAUCAUAUAUAUUCAAUGUAAAAAAAAACAUUUGCUACCAUUUACAAAGACAUGUCUGCUUAAAUUGAAGAUUUUAUUAUAUAUAUUAUAGACUUUUAUUAUAUAUAAGUAUAGGCUUUAAUCUCACACAGUCAAAUAUUUUAGUAUCUUUUAGUAUCUUUUUUAUGUAUUAUUUUUUAAAUAUUUAUUUAUUUAUUUAUAAGCGUCAGCUUUACACUGAUGCAUAUAAUUCUGUUAUGUUGCAAAAUAUAGUAUUAUGUCCAUAUUUCUUUUAUCUUGUGAUAGACUUCAGAUAGUCAAAAUAGUGUAUAAUGUAUAUGUGGUUGAAUGUAAAAUUAGUAUUUAUCAUAGCUCAGAGGUCUCUUGUAGUAUUUAUAUUGUUAAUAUCAGUUAAUAAAAAGACAAGUGGUGUAUGAAAAUGCCGAACAAUUAAGAGCAACGUAAAGAUGAAACUAUAAUAUUUUGAAAGAGAAACUUUUUCUUAUAUUCAAUGCAUAUGGUA